GUUGCGAUUGCGUCAUCAGCCCACAAAUGCGUAUUUAUAACCAACAGUGAGUGAUAUACCAAAGCUUACCUACAAGAAAUACAUGCUUUUUCAAAUGUAUAAUUGUACUAAACACAUAAAAUACAUACUGAAAAAGAUUACGUUGGACAUAAAAGUGUCUCAGCGGAGUUGCCGUAGCAACACCGCGGCUGAUUUAUUUCCGUAGGCAGAUUUGGAUGCCAAAAGAAGAAAAACAAAAAGGAGGAAAAUGGAGAAGUCUGACAUUAUGAUGACCCGGGACACUAGAAAUGACGAUAUUUUUGACAGUAUUGUAAUGGCGGAUGAAAAAUUCCGUGGAGAAGGGUACCAUGAAGGCUUUAAGAAAGGGACCUACCGAGGGCUGCAAAAUGGCCUCAAACAUGGAACUUCUCACGGCGCUCAACUUUUCACAGAGAUUUCCUUUUAUUAUGGCUUUGCUGUUGCAUGGAAAUGUCUUCUUCAACAUAGAACAGAUUCCAAACUAAGAAAACGCAUGAAGGUCCUCGAUUCUCUUCUGGAUUUGAUCCACAAUUGCAGCUAUGAUGACCCACAAUCCGCAACGCUCCAGGAUGACGUGGGCUGUCUUCGAAGCAAAUUCAAGCAGGUCUGUUCCAUCCUCUGCAUCCAAACAGACUUCAGGGAUUACAGCAAUGUCUCACAUGGGACCUCUUUCUAAAUCUUUCCGGACAAGGAGGAGGAGAUCAGCAAAUAAAGGAAAGCCCUUCACUUCGUUGUGGAAAUGAAGCAUUGAAGGCAGCACCCAAUCAGAAUUCGAUUCUUCCAGGGGAGAUACAACUGGGAUGACCCUGCACACACACCAUUAAAUGUUUACACACAUGACUGUAUUGAUAGUCAUUAAAGAUUGAGAAUUUUUACAUAAUCAUGCUACAGUAUGGUACACAUCUUUAAAAUCUCUGAUACUAAUGUGAUGUGAUGGACUUUUCCACCCUUGGUUACUAUGAACAGAUGAUAUACUGGAAAGACAGUGAUAUUUUUAAGCUAUUCCUCUCUGAUUUAAGGUCAUCAACCUAAGCUGACAAAUGGUUGAAGUGUGAAAUAAAUCCAAGAAAAUGGAGUUGAGUUGAUUGUCUGCGAACAUCUUCUCAGCCUAUUCAGGUUCAGGCAGGCACAAGUCCAAAACAAACUUGACAAAUCACCAUUGACACCCACAGUACCCGAGAGGAUUCUCUUUUUUGGCCGGAAAUUUGUUGAAAUAUGGGAAAUGUUCUAUUUAAAUAGGAAGGUGACAGGAAACAAACUAUGGACGUUUACUACGGGAAGCAAAUGGGAGGGUUGACAGGUCAGACAUUUCCAGAAAUUCCAACCACCUUGCAGCACGACCACUGCUAAACGCCACCAAGACCAAAAAGCUGACUCUGGACUUAAGAUGGUUUCUGCUGGAGAGGGUCUCUAAUUUCUGGUUCCCAGGCAACCAGAUAGUUAGGCAUGGCCUGCAAAGCAGUGACCAUAAGGUUUUAUUCCAUUCCAAAAAUUCUCAAAUUGCUAUGAUAUUUUCCUCACUUGGGUCUAGGAGAGUCUCAUGCACACAUUGGAAAGGGACAGUUUGGAUUUUGAUGGCAAGGUGUACACGCAGCAUGAAGUGAGACAAUGGGAGACAAAAUAGCACCAAGCGAUUGUGAGGUCUGACUUUUUCUAUGUCUUAUUCCUCUAUGCCUUUAUGUUUAUGUGUAGUGAUGUAAAGGCACAUGUUGGAGAUUGUAGAUUAGUUUUGUUUAUGAAAAAACAACAGCGUAGAGUGAAGAACCUUGUUAAGAAGUGGUGAAUUUCCAAAAUAGAUACUGGUGUCACAUUUUGAUAGAAGUCUUUUAUACACAGUCAUAUUUAAUUA